GGCGUGGUGGGAAGCGUGGCCCGCGGUCGCUCCGGCCGCUCGCCGACGGGCUCGUCCCCUGCCCCGGCUCCCCUGUGUCCCUUCGCCAUGGCGGGGCCUGGCCCGGGCGCGGCGCUCGAGUCCCCGCGGCAGCUGCUGGGCCGCGUGCGCUUCCUGGCGGAGGCAGCGCGGAGCCUCCGCGCCGGGAGGCCGCUGCCGGCGGCGCUGGCCUUCGUGCCGCGGGAGGUGCUUUACAAGCUGUACAAGGACCCGGCGGGGCCGUCGCGGGUGCUGCUGCCCGUGUGGGAGGCGGAGGGCCUGGGGCUGCGCGUGGGAACCGCGGGGCCGGCCGCGGGGCCUGCCUCCGGGCCUCUCCGCACCGCCCGCGAGAGCAUCGAGCUCCGGCGCGGCGCCUGCGUGCGCACCACGGGCGAGGAGCUGUGCAACGGCCACGGGCUCUGGGUGAAGCUGACCAAGGAGCAGCUGGCGGAGCACCUGGGCGACUGCGGACUGGACGCAGGCUGGCUGCUCGUGUGCCGGCCGGCCGAGGGCGGCGCCCGCCUUGUGCCCAUCGACACCCCGGACCACCUCCAGCGGCAGCAGCAGCUCUUUGGCGUGGACUACCGGCCGGUGCUCAGGUGGGAGCAGGUGGUGGACCUGACCUACUCGCACCGCCUGGGCUCCAGGCCCCAGCCGGCGGAGGCAUACACGGAGGCCGUCCAGAGGCUGCUCUAUGUGCCCCCGACGUGGACCUAUGAGUGUGACGAGGACCUGAUCCACUUCCUGUAUGACCACCUGGGCAAGGAGGACGAGAACCUGGGCAGUGUGAAGCAGUAUGUGGAGAGCAUAGACGUUUCCUCCUACACGGAGGAGUUCAACGUGUCCUGCCUGACAGACAGCAACGCAGACACCUACUGGGAAAGCGAUGGGUCCCAGUGCCAGCACUGGGUACGGCUGACCAUGAAGAAGGGCACCAUUGUCAAGAAGCUGCUCCUCACGGUGGACACCACAGAUGACAACUUCAUGCCCAAGCGGGUGGUGGUCUACGGGGGCGAAGGAGACAACCUGAAGAAGCUGAGUGACGUGAGCAUUGACGAGACCUUGAUCGGGGAUGUCUGUGUCCUGGAGGACAUGACCGUCCACCUCCCAAUAAUUGAGAUCCGCAUCGUGGAGUGCCGAGAUGACGGGAUUGAUGUUCGGCUCCGAGGGGUCAAGAUCAAGUCGUCCAGGCAGCGGGAACUGGGGCUGAAUGCAGACCUGUUCCAGCCAGCCAGUCUGGUGCGAUAUCCGCGCCUUGAAGGCACUGACCCGGAAGUACUGUACCGCAGAGCUGUCCUCCUGCAGAGGUUCAUCAAGAUCCUCGACAGCGUCCUGCACCACUUGGUGCCUGCCUGGGACCACACCCUAGGCACCUUCAGCGAGAUCAAGCAAGUGAAGCAGUUCCUGCUGCUGUCCCGGCAGCGGCCUGGCCUUGUGGCACAAUGCCUGCGCGACUCAGAGAGCAGCAAGCCCAGCUUCAUGCCACGCCUCUACAUCAACCGGCGCCUCGCCAUGGAGCACCGGGCUUGCCCCUCUCGGGACCCUGCAUGCAAGAACGCAGUCUUCACCCAGGUGUAUGAAGGCCUCAAGCCCUCUGACAAGUAUGAAAAACCCCUGGACUACAGGUGGCCCAUGCGGUAUGACCAGUGGUGGGAGUGUAAAUUCAUUGCCGAAGGCAUCAUUGACCAAGGUGGCGGCUUCCGGGACAGCUUAGCGGAUAUGUCAGAAGAGCUGUGCCCCAGCUCAGCCGACACCCCCGUACCUCUGCCCUUCUUUGUGCGCACAGCCAACCAGGGCAACGGCACCGGCGAGGCCCGGGACAUGUAUGUCCCCAACCCCUCCUGCCGAGAUUUUGCUAAAUAUGAGUGGAUCGGACAGCUGAUGGGGGCCGCCCUGCGGGGGAAGGAAUUUCUGGUCCUGGCCCUGCCUGGCUUCGUGUGGAAGCAGCUCUCCGGGGAGGAGGUGAGCUGGAGCAAGGACUUCCCGGCUGUGGACUCCGUACUGGUGAAGCUCCUUGAAGUGAUGGAGGGAAUGGACAAGGAGACAUUUGAGUUCAAGUUUGGAAAGGAGCUGACAUUCACCACUGUGCUAAGUGACCAGCAGGUGGUGGAGCUGGUGCCGGGGGGCGCAGGCAUCGUGGUGGGCUAUGAAGAUCGCUCUCGGUUCAUCCAGCUGGUGCAGAAGGCACGCCUGGAGGAAAGCAAAGAGCAGGUGGCAGCCAUGCAGGCAGGUCUGCUGAAGGUGGUGCCGCAGGCUGUGUUGGACUUGCUGACCUGGCAAGAGUUGGAGAAGAAGGUGUGCGGGGACCCCGAGGUCACCGUGGAUGCUCUGCGCAAGCUCACCCGGUUUGAGGACUUCGAACCCUCCGACACGCGGGUGCAGUACUUCUGGGAAGCGCUGAACAACUUCACCAACGAGGACCGAAGCCGCUUCCUGCGCUUUGUCACGGGCCGCAGCCGCCUGCCUGCAAGAAUCUACAUCUACCCAGACAAACUGGGCUAUGAGACCACAGAUGCGCUGCCGGAGUCUUCCACCUGCUCCAGCACCCUCUUCCUGCCGCACUAUGUCAGCGCCAAGGUGUGUGAAGAGAAGCUGCGCUAUGCCGCCUACAACUGUGUGGCCAUCGACACCGACAUGAGCCCCUGGGAAGAGUGAGGUGCUGCCAGGGGACAGCCAUGGGCAGGCAGCACUGCGCCUGCUUGGUCCUGGCUGGCCUCACCCA